AUUUUAAUUUUAGGACGGCUCUGAAUGGGGUCUUCUAAAUAUACGCCUCGCCUCUAACAGCAGCGCCGCCUGGCGGGAGAUCGGUGCAAUUUCAGGAAGCAGUUUCCACGGCACUGUUUAUUAUGGGCUGGGGAAAUUCCAACAUGAAAUCCCCUCCUGCUAUCAACUUUAGCCGAUAAAAAAACAAACAAAAACACACAAAACAAAUAAUACUUUUAAUUUUAGGACGGUAUCGAUCGGAGUCCGUGAUAGGGAGCACAGCCGGCAGUAGUUUUGAUCAGUUCCACAAUGGUGUAAUCGAGUAUUUAAUCGUAGCUGGGUGUAAAUACUACACGGAAGAGAAUACAUAGACAUUCAUUAUUAACUUUCAAGACCUUGAGGAAUCGCAAUAACACGGCCGUGAAGCCUGUUGCCAUGGUGCAGCCCAAUGGAAUCAUGGGUAACGAGCUGAAGUCGGAUAUGAUCGGAGGGGAGGGGUCGAUGGGGCUCAGGGGUCAGGGGUCACUGCAGAUCCCCCCAGAGCUGGCGAGCAACGAGAUCGUGCAGAGAGUGGUCUCGGAGAAUCAGGAUCUGAGAGAUGCGAUCAGGCAGAGUAACCAGGCUCUGCGGGAGCGCUAUGAGGAGAUGCUGUCUUUCCGGGCUCGGAGUCGGGAGGAGAGGGAAUUCCUGCUGGGAAAGUUCAGGGAGGCGCGCAGCCUGGUGGAGCGGCUGACCCGGGACAAAACAGGACUGCAGAGAGAGAACCAGGAGCUGAGGAGCAGCUUGCAGCUGGUACCAGACAGGACCACAGAGCAGGAGAAGAUGGAAGUGGGAGAGGAGAGAGCGCCGAGCAGAGAGAGUAGCGGUGGUUCUCCCAGCUGUCUCGGCUCCUAUAACACUCUUACUCAGAGCAUGUGUGAAGCAGAGAAACCAGAGAGAGACUCUACAACUGCCAAGCCCCGCGAGGAAGGAGGGAACGAGUUUCUGCUGCUGUUGAAGGAGAGGAAGGAGGAGCUCGAGGAGUCUCUGAGCCGGAUGAAGGAGAGAAACGAGAGACUGGAGAGAGAGAGAGAGGAGCUGGAGAGCAGACUGAGAGAGAGCGAGAGACGGCAAGGAUCAGGAGGGAAGGAGACAAGCAGUGGAGAGGACUCGGCCUCCUCCGAUGAGUGGAAGAAGCUGGUGCUGGAGCUGAGAGAGAAGAUCCAGGAGUCCGAGAGGAGGAACGCGGCGCUCCAGAGCCGAGUGGAGUCCCUUCAGAAGACGACAGCCCAGCUAGAGCGCUCGGAGGCCAGGCUGAAACUGAGAGAGAGGGAGCUGGAGAGGGAAGGGGAGGAAAGAGCGCAGAAACUCACAGAGCAACUGACAAAGGACAGCGAGCCCCUGAAAGCCCAGGUGACCUCGCUGCUGGGAGAGCUGCAGGAGAGACAGGCCAGUCUGGAGAGCUGCCAGCGGGACAGGAGCGCCAUUGAGGAGAAGCUGCGCCAGGUGUCCGAGUCUCGCCGCGCUCUGGAGAAAGAGUGUGAGCUGAUGAGGAAGCAGCACAGCGUGAGUCUAGACCAGCUGAGGAUGAAGGCUCAGGACCUGGAGGCUGCACUCAAACUGGAGAGGCUCACCGUGUCCGAGGAGAAGAGGAAGCUGGCUCAGCUACAGCAUGCCUACACCACUCUGUUUCAAGAUUACGACCAGCAGCUCAAGAAGGAAAACGCCAACAAGCACAAGGGUCUGGAUCUUGAGGAUCUGAAGACCCAGCUGCAGGAAGCAGAAAACGCUCUGGUGCUGAAGCAGGAGCUCAUCGACAAGCUGAAAGAGGAGUCAGAGAGAAACAGAGGAGCGCUGGAGACUGUGCCAGUGCUGACAGCUCAGGCUGAGAUUUACCGCGCUGAUUUCCUGGCAGAGCGGCAGGCUCGAGAGCAGCUGCACCAGCAGAAGGAGGUCCUGCAGGAGCAGCUGCAGCAGCUGAGCGCACAGCUGGAGGGGGCGAGCAGGGCCCGCAUGGAGGAGCUUCAGCAGAGACAUCUAGAGAAUUACAGACCCCCCCUUCAGCACCCCCUACCCCAGCCAGCUGCCUUUGCCCCGAUGGCCGGGGGAGCGACAGUCCCCUUCAGCCCGGCCCAGGAGGGAGGCGGCCGGAGACACAGCUACACAGAGGAGCAGCCGGACUACCGCUGCCCCAAGUGCCAAUACCAAGCACCAGACAUGGACACUCUGCAAAUACAUGUGAUGGACUGCAUACAGUGAGGAGGGGUGAGGGACUGCAUACAGUGAGGGGG